GGUCCCUAGUUCUUAGCCUGUCAGGGAAGGACGCCGAGAGCCUGAGCGCGGGACGCGGCGAGGGGGCUGCCGGCUGCGGCCGGUAGGCGGGUCCCUGCGCGCAGCAGCGGCAGGGUCACGGCGGAGACCCGGGGGCGCGCUCCGGCGUGGGGAAGGCGGCGUGCAGCCAGCGGGUCAGCAGCGGGGGCUGCCCGGCUGGGCCAGCCCGCCUCCCUCCCAUUCCCCGGCCACCUCCAUUUCCAGUGCCGGGCCGAGGAUGGCGGCCCCGGACCAGAAAUCGCCGAACGUUCUGCUGCAGAACCUGUGCUGCCGGAUCCUGGGCAAGAGCGAAGCUGAUGCAGCCCAACAGUUCCAGUACGCUGUGCGGGUUAUUGGCAGCAACUUUGCCCCCACUGUUGAAAGAGAUGAAUUUCUAGUAGCUGAGAAAAUCAAGAAAGAACUUGUUCGACAGAGAAGAGAAGCAGAUGUUGCAUUAUUUUCAGAACUCCACAGAAAACUUCAUUCACAGGGAGUGUUGAAAAAUAAAUGGUCAAUACUCUACCUCCUGCUAAGCCUUAGUGAAGAUCCACGUAAGCAGCCGAACAAGGUUUCUAGCUAUGCCACUUUAUUUGCUCAGGCAUUACCAAGAGAUGCUCAUUCAACUCCGUACUACUAUGCCAGGCCUCAGACUCUCCCCUUGAAUUACCAGGAUCGGAGCACCCAGUCAGCACAGAACUCUGGCAGUAUGGGAAGCAGUGGAAUCAGCAGUAUAAGCAUGUAUGCCCUAAAUGGCCCAACACCAACACCACAGUCUCUCCUUCCUGGACAGUCGCAUCAAGCUCCAGGAGUAGGAGAUUGCCUUCGACAGCAGCUGGGGUCACGUCUUGCAUGGACUUUAACUGCAAACCAGCCUUCUUUACAAACCACUACCUCAAAAGGUAUUCCAAACGCUGUUGCUCGCAACAUGACAAGGUCCAGGAGAGAAGGGGACACGAGUGGCACUGUGGAAAUUACUGAAGCAGCCCUAGUCAGAGACAUUUUGUAUGUCUUCCAGGGCAUAGAUGGCAAAAUCAUCAAAAUGAGCAAUACUGAAAAUUGUUAUAAAGCGGAAGGAAAGGCAAACCUGAACAAAUCUUUGAGAGAUAUGACAAUCAGACUUGCUGAGUUGGGAUGGUUACAUAAUAAAAUCAGAAAAUACAUUGACCAGAGGAGUUUAGACCGCUCGUUUGGACUUGUAGGUCAGAGCUUUUGUGUGGCCUUGCACCAAGAACUCAAGGAAUACUACCGCUUACUCUCAGUUUUACAUUCCCAGCUACAGUUAGAGGAUGAUCAGGGUGUAAAUUUGGGACUUGAGAGUAGCUUAACGCUUCGGCGCCUCCUGGUUUGGACAUACGACCCUAAGAUAAGACUGAAGACCCUUGCCGCCCUGGUUGAUCACUGUCAAGGAAGGAAAGGUGGUGAGCUGGCAUCAGCUGUCCAUGCCUACACAAAAACAGGGGAUCCAUAUGUGAGAUCUCUAGUGCAGAAUAUUCUCAGCUUGGUGUCUCAUCCUGUUCUGAGCUUUCUUUACCGUUGGAUAUAUGAUGGAGAGCUCGAGGACACAUACCACGAGUUUUUUGUAGCAUCGGAUCCCACAGUUAAAACAGAUAGACUGUGGCACGACAAGUACACUUUAAGGAAAUCCAUGAUCCCUUCAUUUAUUACAAUGGAUCAGUCUAGAAAGGUCCUUCUGAUAGGAAAAUCAAUAAAUUUCUUGCACCAGCUUUGUCACGAUCAAACACCAGCUGCAAAGAUGAUAGCCGCCACAAGAUCUGCAGAGUCGCCCAAAGAUGCUGCGGAUUUAUUCACAGAUUUAGAAAAUGCAUUUCAGGGAAAAAUUGAUGCAGCUUAUUUUGAGACCAGCAAAUAUCUGUUGGAUGUUCUCAAUAAAAACUACAGCUUGCUGGACCACAUGCAGGCGAUGAGGCGGUACUUACUUCUUGGCCAAGGAGAUUUUAUACGACACUUAAUGGAUUUGCUAAAACCAGAACUUGUCCGUCCAGCUACUACUUUGUAUCAGCAUAACUUGACCGGAAUUCUUGAAACCGCAGUUCGAGCGACCAAUGCACAGUUUGACAGUCCUGAGAUUCUCAAAAGACUGGACGUUAGGCUCCUGGAGGUCUCUCCAGGUGAUACUGGCUGGGAUGUCUUCAGCCUUGAUUAUCAUGUCGAUGGGCCAAUUGCAACUGUAUUUACUCGAGAAUGUAUGAGCCACUACCUGAGGGUAUUUAACUUCCUCUGGAGGGCUAAACGGAUGGAGUAUAUCCUCACCGACAUACGGAAAGGACAUAUGUGCAAUGCCAAGCUCCUGAGAAAUAUGCCAGAGUUCUCUGGGGUGCUGCAUCAAUGUCACAUUCUGGCAUCGGAGAUGGUCCACUUCAUUCAUCAAAUGCAGUACUACAUUACAUUUGAGGUGCUUGAAUGUUCUUGGGAUGAACUCUGGAACAAAGUACAGCAGGCUCAAGAUUUGGAUCACAUUAUUGCAGCUCAUGAGGUUUUCUUAGACACGAUCAUUUCUCGAUGUUUGCUGGACAGUGACUCCAGAGCACUUUUAAAUCAACUUAGAGCUGUGUUUGAUCAAAUCAUUGAACUUCAGAACGCUCAAGAUGCCAUGUACAGAGCUGCCUUGGAAGAAUUACAAAGACGAUUACAGUCUGAAGAGAAGAAGAAACAGCGUGAAAUUGAGGGCCAGUGGGGAGUGACGGCAGCAGAGGAAGAAGAAGAGAAGAAGAGGAUUCAGGAAUUUCAAGCAUCUAUACCAAAAAUGUGUUCACAGUUGCGAAUAUUGACACAUUUCUACCAGGGUAUUGUGCAGCAGUUUUUGGUGUUACUGACGACCAGCUCUGAUGAAAGUCUGCGGUUUCUUAGCUUUAGGUUGGACUUCAAUGAGCACUACAAGGCCAGAGAGCCAAGGCUGCGAGUGUCUCUGGGCGCUAGAGGGCGACGCAGCUCCCAUAUGUAUAGAAUCCAUAAAAAAUAAAAGGGGAAAUCCAGAUUCCUGGCAAUGCAGAAGUGAAUGCAUGAUGAAGGUCAGAAAUCCAUAGGAUUUAAAUUUAAUUUUAGUUUAAAAAGUCAUAAAAUCAGAAAUUUGAAGCAGGUUACUCUGCUACAAGACUUUCCAGGAAUUAUGAUAUAUUGUGAAUCUCCAAGCGAAAUUUCCCAAAGUUAUUUGACCGUAGAACCUGUUUUUAUUUUAUUUAUUUGAAGCAUUUCUCAAGGGAUUAAUAUUCAGUAGAACUACCCUGAAAUGUGCUAUUUUGGAUGUAGGGAUUAAAGCUCCACUUAAGCUGAGGAACUGUCCAAGCAGUGAGAUUAGAUGUCGGGUGUCCUGCUUUGUAUCAGUAGCCGUGAAAGUCCUCACAGGAGCUGAGUCGCAGGUCUUCUGUUAGAACAGAAUUGUGUCAGAAAGAUUGAGUUUUCAGGACCACAGAUCAUCAGGAGAGCAUGGAUGGUGGGGAUAGGUAGAUAAGAUAUUGCAAGAAUUCAUCUCAGACGUAAAAGACGUCACUGUUAAUGUGACAGUGAGGUCUGGUACAGAGUAGCAAAGGUCUCAUGAACUGGAAUCAGCGAAGGUACUGGUGGCUGGGGGAGCGUCAGACUAGGUGUUGAGGAGAUAAGAGCAGUGCAGCAGAGGGGAUCAAUCAGGGUCUGUGUGAUACACAGUCGCCCAUCCACUUUUCUCGGCUCUCCGAUUUUUUGGGAAGCUGCUUUCCCAGUGACAGUGCAUGCUGCCACUGUUCAGAAGCCUUUAUGACUGUUUGAAACUGAAAAAAAACAGGUGUGUGCCACAAAUUACUGUUUCUAUAGGGUGUUGUAUGAGGAGUGUGCGUUUUUGGUAGGAAAAAUAGACUCUGGUGGAACUCGGUGAUUUUCAGGGUUCGAAUUAGUGGGACAGUUCGUACUGUCCCACUAGACUCUGAGGUUAGGCUUGUGGGAGGGGGCAAGGAAAAAAAAUCCAUACUAAAAAACAAAGAUUGAGACACACUCAGUGAUUCGGGAUGCUCCCAUUAAAGAAAACACAUGAUGUCAACAGGAAAUUCAAAGCAGAAAAUAAUAAGGUUUUGAAAGGGUUCAACAGCCUUUGGAGGCAGAGUACCAUCGAAUGGCCCUGGGAGUUUCAUCUAGAAAGUGAUAAUCCCUCCUGUCUUGCAGGGUUGUUGUAAAGAUUAGAGAUACUGUAUACAUACGGUUCGGUUCGUAGAAGGUACCUAAUAAAUGGUGCUAUUGUGUUGUGGUGGAGUGAAGUAAAGCCUUUUGCCCUGGGCAGCUGAAGUAAGCCAAACCCAGCUUUUCUGCAGUUGAAGACACGUCCUACUCACUUAGGAAGUUUUGGUUACUGUGGCUGAAUGUAAAGUUAUCCUCUGGGUGGAUCUGUAAUUCUGCUGAAAGGGCUUUCCUUCCUUGUGAUUAUCAGGCUGUUUAGCUCAACUCAAGUGAAGAAAACACUUGCCUUUUCUUCCUGGCCGACCUUGUCACUAGAAGAAUACAUGACAUCAGUAAUUCUCAAGUCCCUAUGGGAAAACUUGUCCUCCAGACUUAAAAAAAAAAGGACAUGAGAACACAGCAAACAUGAGGAGCCCCAUUUAUUAGUAAAAGAGAACUUUUAUCAAAUACAGUGGUCAUACUCAAAUUGAGUCACAAAGCACAAAUUAUAUACAGAAACAGAUUAUUGUUACCAGAAACCGUGCCCUACCGUUGUACCGUGUUUGGUAUCUGAAGCUGUAAAUUUUGUUUGUGGUUGAAGGUUAACACUGGGGUUGCUGUGGCUCUUAAUGUUUGAUUUAUGUACUUUAGUUAUAAAUGGUGAAGAGACACCUCUCUUCCUGUCUUCUACUCUUCCGUAUCUGUAGAACUGAGAAGUAAAUGGUUGGUCCUGUGUUAGCACUAAAAAAUCACCUCCUGCAGUAAGUGUUUUAUAUAUUUAAAUAGAUAUAUAAGAAGAAAAUAGAACAAUACAUAGAAAAUUAGAAUUCAGAAAUAGUAAUUAUAUAAGUUAUAUGGAAAUAAUCAAAUGAAUGCAGUUAAAUACGUGAAUGGUAGGUAGAGCUAGGUUAAUUGAGCUGGGUGAAGUUGGAGCUAGAUUGCAAGGGUCUGUUGGAAUUUGACUUGGUGGAAAAGAAAGGAAGAGUGACAGAUGAAAUGAUCUCACAGAUGUCGAUUCUUAGAGCUUUUUGCCAUUUGUCAGAAAUAUCACUGUCUUGGACUAGUAAUUGUUUACCCUAAUGACCCUACUUGGUUUUAAUAGCAUAACAAUUACUUGGCACCUUUUUAGUGGCUAGAAUAUAAACAGCCUUUUCACUUUCGACUGUGUUAUUACACUAUUCAGAUAUUUUGAGUUAAUUUUUAGUAAUUUUUACUUUCUAGAAGAUUAUGCAUUUUCAUUUAGGUUUUCAAAUUCAUUAGCAUUAAUUUUCACAUAGCUACCAUGAUAAUUUUUUAA